ACCCCAGACAAUUAUGGAGUCACUCCGUUGCUAGCUGCAAUCUAUGAAAACCAUAUUGAUUGCGCACGAGUUCUUUUGGAAAAGAUCAUGUCGAGAAACGGCACAACAGAGUUUUGUCUGUUACUGUCAUCAUGUAUAUCUACUCCAGAAAUCGCCAGCUUGGUAGCCGGAUGUUUUUCACGUGGCCAUCCACCGAACGCUCCUAUACAACCCAGCAAAACCAAUCCAUAUUUAUCUGUUAGAACUUGUUGUCAAACCAUCUCCGAUGGAAUUUAUCAUUUCAAGCACUCGGAGCACUUUCUGUUGAUCACCUUGUCUCGACAACUCAUAUUAGAAUGUGCCAUAUCCAUCGUACCGAAACUGAAAAACGACAUAAGUGUCUUGGAGCGAUCAGUUGACGAGCUUUCCGUGGGGCAGAUCUCAUGGCUAGCUGAACUUGCAUUAAAGUCCUACGUACUUGACAAGGACAUGUUGGUGAAACUCCUUCACGCAACCCAAUUCCGCGCCCCGCACCUCACCUUAUUUCCGGCGCAACAUCACUUCAAACCCACGCUCUUCCUUUUGGAACAAAUGGGCGUUGUUUCUGAAUUAGUCCUGUGUCAUGAUAAAGAGCAACUCCGUUCCAUAUGGUCCAACCAUUUUCAGAGCACUCGCUUGUUUCCUGACGCUCUGGCACUUCGUGGGUAUUUCGGUGAUUCGAUUGGCUUUUACUUCAAUUGGAUGCAAACCUAUUGCCUGUUUCUUUUGGGACCGACGGUUGUUGCCCUAUUAUGUCACCUUAUCUCCCUUAUGAUAAAUUUUAUCAAUACUCACCUGCACUCCUCACCCGAGGAACCGGUACCUUCAGCACCCGAACUUGUGAUUCGCCUGAUGUUCACUCUGUUAAUGAUUAUCUGGGCAUUGAUUUGCACUAAGCUUUGGUCAAGACAGCAUGCCACCCUGGUUGAGUGUUGGUCCAGUAAUCCCUUGCUUAAAGAUACGACAAACGAUUUGGCGUGGUUGUUUCGCUUGCUUGAUCAGCGACCAGGAUAUCAUGGGCUCUGGCGUGAAAGUUGUGUAACUGGACAAAUGGAAGUACACUUUCCCGCAUGGAGACGUCGAUUACGUUAUUUGAUCUCCUCCUUAGUCAUCGUAUGUUGUCUUCUGGCUGCUGGGUUUGUACACGUAGUACUGCUUAAUCUCGAGGGCUAUGUCACAGAAGAAAAGGCCCCCGCCAUUUUCUUCCGCUUCAUUUCGCGCCACACAUUUCAUGGGGCCUUGUUUGAUCCGAACGGUCCGGGGUUUUAUCCCUAUAUACCAGGUGUACUUCACUCGCUGCUCGUCUUUGUUAUGAAUCAGCUUGUCUUCCACUCAAUCGCCAAAUACCUAACUGAUUAUGAAAAUCACCAGAGUUGGGAAGAAUACGACCGGGCGCUAAUCAUCAAACGGUUCUUGUUCGAAAUGCUUGAUGCCUACGGAUGUUUGGCCUACCUUGGUUUUGUUCUGUCUGACAGUGAAGCACUCAGGUCUCUUCUACUCACAAUGCUUCUGACGGACAGCCUGCGUCGUUUUGUCAUCGAAUCUCUAAUACCACUGAUAAUAUAUCAGUUCCGUAUGUGGCAUGAAAAACGUUUGGCAGCGAAAGAAAAACGUGCGGCAGAUUGUGACACGCUCCCCAUCCCCGCUAUUGAUUGGUCAAAUUAUAAACGUGAAUUAUGCGCGGAAUCCUACGAACCAUUUGAUGACUAUCUCGAAAUGGUUCUCCAGCAUGGAUAUUUAGUUCUUUUCGCCUAUGUCUGCCCUUUGCUUGGUGCUCCGAUCGCCCUUGUUUCCACUUUUUUCGAGGCACAUUCCGAUGCGUUUAAAAUGUUACGGGUUACCAGACGUCCGCGGCCUCGUUUAUUGAUUCGUGGCAGUUUCACUUGGCUCGUACUUCUGGGAGCGCAAGCUUGGUUGUCGAUCCUGACAAAUGUUGGACUGUUUGUAUCGUUUUUACACACUCAUUUGACCGAAUCCGAUACUGAUUUCAGCUUGUUAUUCUUGAUUUUGGAGCAUGGGCUGUUUGUCGUUGCUAUAUGCAUUCACCUUUUCGUCCAAGACGUUCCUUCUGUUGUUCGGGAUGCUCGACAUUCCCGUGAGUUCCGAAGAGUGAACGUGUUCUCAACGGUAUCGAAUACCACUUGAAUCUUUACCUGUGAGUAAAUUUACCAUCGCUACCCGUUCCUUUUAAUAUCACUUCUUAUUUCAACUCCCACCUCUUUGUUUUUACCACAGUUUUCUUUAGAUACUAAUUCUUACUUUACUGAGUUGAUUUGAGUUACACAACUAGUCUUUCUCAGAAAGCUCGGUCGCCCUUAUUUUCCCAUGUUGUGAUUUUUACUAUAGAGGUUGUCAGUCAGCCGUGAGAUUUUUGCAGGCGAUUGCUGUACAUUUUUAAUGACUUUAUCGUCUGAACUACCUUCGAGCGCCAACUUGGGAUUUCUCAUUAUUCUUCGUCAUCAAUCUGUUUACCAUAUUCCUAACUUUACCCACCACACACCUAGGUUUAGUGCAUCACUUGUUGAAAUCCUGCACCACCCUUGUAGUAAAGGAUGGGGAUCACUAAAUAAAAAACUAAUUUCUACCAGCUUUGACGCCUCGUGAAUCAUAGCUUUUAUUAGUAAAUGAGAAAUCG